GUAGGCGGAGCUACCCCGCAUACGUAACGGGUACUUUGACCUUGAGCCGCGACCGAGGCGCCUGGCACAACAUCUCUCCAAGCACACAAGAAAGAUGCUCGGACAUAGGUCCUCCAUCGUCUUGCGGUGUCGAUGUGAAGAUGCUGCGGACUGUUCUCGCACGCUCUACUAGAUUUCCUUUGCUUCCCUCCAGCCCAUGUCGCGGCCUUCUAACCAAAGCAUUCGCUGUGGGGUCGAAUGAGCCUCCGCUCCUGGAGCAAACCGUUCCACAACACUUUGCGGGUGUUGUCAGGCAGUAUGGGGACCGUAACGCGGUGAUAUCCCACCACCAGCAAAUAACCCUUACCUACGAAACCCUCGACCGCGACUCGAAUGCCCUAGCCCGAGGACUGCAGAAGCUUGGUGUGAAGAAGGGCGAUAGAGUUGCCGUGUCGUUGGGGAAUAAUGUCGAGUUCGCUACGACUACAUAUGCGCUGUUCAAGCUUGGGGCAGUAUUAGUACCAUUAAAUCCGGCCUUCAACGCGCCGCAAGUCCUCUCCGCACUCAACCAUCUUUCCGCCUCCCACCUGAUCAUCGGUGCCGAAACAAAUAUCCCCCGGAAAGAUCCGCGUUCCAAUAUCCCUCUCCUCACACAUCUCGUACCCAACCUCUCAGCUUCAGCUCUCGAGUCCGAACUCGUGCCCUCGCUCCAGAACGUUGUGUUGGUGAAUAACGCGCAGGGACGGGUGGAUCUGGAUGAUUACAAGAGCAUACAGAGAUAUGAGAACCUGGCUGAAGAUGGCGGCAGCGGGAGUGCGCUGGAGAAUCUGAGAUUAGAUCAGAAUGAGAUUGCAAAUAUUCAGUUUACUUCCGGUACGACAAGCAUGCCAAAGGCAGCGUGCUUGACCCAUAGGAGUAUCUUGAACAAUGGGAACAAUAUUGGAGAUAGGAUGCUGCUUACACCAGAUGAUGUUGUAUGCUGUCCGCCGCCGCUGUUUCACUGCUUUGGAUGCAUCCUUGGGUACAUGGCUACAGCAACCCACGGCAGUGCAAUUGUGUUUCCUAAAGAAGCCUUCGAUCCACUAGCUACCCUCGAAGCGGUCCGCGAACACAAAUGCACAGCCCUCUACGGUGUCCCUACCAUGUUUGUCGCUGAACUCGAUCUACUCGCCCAUGGCGCCGUGCCGCAUGACGGCUUCCAGUAUCUGCGAACCGGUAUUGCAGCAGGCUCGUCGAUUCCCUCGGAGCUCAUGCGAAAGCUGCACAAGAAACUCAACUUGACAGAGCUUACCAUCUGCUACGGCAUGACGGAAACUAGUCCUGUCUCUUGCAUGACUACAACUGAUGACCCAAUGGAAAAGCGCACAGACAGCGUCGGACGGCUCCUCCCGCACGUCAAGGCCAAAGUCGUCGAUCCCUCGGACUGGUCUCGCAUUCUUGAUGUAAACCAACGUGGUGAACUCGCUGUAUCUGGCUACCUCUUGAUGAAAGGGUAUUGGGAUGACGAAGCGAAGACACGCGAAUCUCUAGUCCCAGAUGAAGAUGGCGUGCUCUGGAUGCACACUGGCGAUGAAGCGUCCAUGGACGAAGAGGGCUAUGUGAAGAUCACGGGUAGGAUCAAAGACCUCAUCAUCAGAGGUGGAGAAAACAUUCAUCCCCUAGAGGUUGAAAACUGUCUUUUUGGGCAUCCGGCGGUUAGUGAAGUCAGCGUGGUAGGGUUGCCGGAUCAUCGGUAUGGAGAGGUAGUUGCGGCAUUCAUUGUCAAGCAAUCAGGCGAUGAGGGAAAUGUCUCUGCGCAUGACAUUCGCAGUUGGGUGCGGGAAAAGUUAAGCAAUCAUCUCGUGCCAAAGUAUGUCUUUUGGGUAGAUACGUAUCCUAAGACUGCAAGCGGGAAGAUCCAGAAGUUCAAGCUGACAGAGAUGGGUAUUGCUCUAGUGAAGGAGGGUAAGGGUAUAGUAUGAUGAAUGUGUAUAGCCCCCUUGCACUAUCCGAGCAAAAUCUUCGCUCAAGCUGAUGUAGCUUUCUAAAUUUUGCCAAGGCUUAGUGAUGUUAGGGAUAUGGUCAGUA